AGGAACAAGAAAGUUAUUGAUUAUUCUCAGUUUGGGGAUUUGGAAGAUGAUGAUGAAGACUUUGCACCUUCAAGCAAAAAAUCCAGAACACAGCUCAAGGAAUCAAAGAAAGAGAAAAAAGAGAAGCAAAAAAAGCCACCCAAAGAAGUGACUCCAUCCCAGGCACAGACACUUAGUAAAAGGUUAUCCUUGGAUGACAAACUUUAUAAAAGAGAUUUGGAAGUUGCCUUAGCCUUAUCCAUCAAAGAAAAACCUGCAAACCUUCAAGAGGUGCAAGAUUCAGAAGARCAAGGUAAGAAUGUUAAAUCAGAAAACAGACAGAGGCAACCCCCUUUUUCCAAUUGCAGUGUAGACAGCGAACUUCUAGGUCUCAAUCAGGUUAUGGAUGAUGAUGCACCUGAGGGUGAUGGGAGGCAAAGGACAGCAGCCUCCCAACAAAGCAUAGCAGCCUCCCAACAAAGGACAGCAGCCUCCCAACAAAGGACAGCAGCCUCCCAACAAAGGACAGCAGCCUCCCAAGUUCCAGCACAUCACAAGUCAUUGAUGGUCAAUGGUGAUGACAAAGACCAUGAUCCUGACUCUGAGCCAGAGUCUGUACCCAUAUCACCUGUGGUUUCCCCAUCCUGGAUGACAGAACAAAACUCUGAGCCAAGGCAGAAGGUGAUGUCCAGUUCCCCUGAAGCAGCUGAGAGGCCUCUGCAUGCAUCAAGUCCUGUCACAGACAAAAAGCUGAAAUGGACCCCACCAGCACCAUCAGGAAGCAGUAAUGCCUCUGUGAARUGUGUUCCUGUUAAGUCACCUACUCACUGCCUUAGACUUGGCCUCUCCAGACUGGCAAGAGUCAAACCACUCCAUCCCAGUGCUCCCAGCAGUUAAAUGGUCAGUGACAAAGUGCCACACAGAGGAAAAGACUGGGGAAAGGGUUUUGCUGAUAAACACUGGGUGGGCAGCAUCCUGGCAUCAUCCAUUUUGGAGCGUUCUUGUUAUGGAUGUGUCUGAUGUUAGGAUGAGUUUUUAUCUGCACAUUGCUAGGCAUCCUUAAGUGCUUACUGAAUAAUAGCAUUAUUUAAUCAAAGUGAUUAAAUCUGGGCCAYCAGCUUUUUGAUAUAUUCAGAGGUKUUGGUCUGUGAUAAUUUUAAUUCUCAAAUACGUAAAUUCUCGGCAUUAAAAUAGUCUAGACAGCAGUAUGGCAGUAUGGGUGAUAGUGAAAUGUUUUUUAGAAUGUUGUAUUUAAAAAAAAAACGA